AGACGAAGUCGCGGGCAACAGAAUGCGGUCGUGUAUUGUGUUGUUAUCAGUCUUGCUUGCCUCAGUCUUGUCUGAAGAUGUUAAGGAUCGUGAAUCACUCUUGGUUCAAAUAAACUCUGGACUGGUUCGAGGAUACAAGGAUCCAAAAAACGAUAUAUUCGUAUUCAAUGGAAUACCCUACGCUACAGCUCCCACCGGUACAGGAAGAUUUAAGGGCCCCCUACCUCCACCAGCUUGGAUGUCAAUAUUUGAAGCAGUAGAUGACCGAACUAUAUGUCCUCAAAUAAACUUGACAGGAUUUAUUCCGGACACGAAGAUUAUGAAAGAGGAUUGUCUCGUUGCUAAUGUAUACGUACCUAAGACACAGAAAAGAAACCUUCCGGUUGUUGUAUACAUACACGGCGGUGGAUUUUUACUAGGAUUUGGAACUCUACUUACACCAAAGGAAUUAGUAAGCAGCCAAACCGUUCUAGCAGUAACAUUUAAUUACAGGUUAGGAGCACACGGGUUCCUAUGCUUAGGUACUAAAGACGUACCCGGCAAUGCUGGUAUGAAAGAUCAAGUUGCACUACUGCGAUGGGUGAGAAAAAAUAUUGCGGGCUUUGGUGGUAACCCAAAUGACGUCACAUUAGCUGGAUACAGUGCAGGAUCUUCAUCAGUAGAUCUUUUAAUGUUGUCGAAAAUGGCUGAAGGACUGUUUCAUAAGGUAAUUCCGGAGAGUGGUGCAAGUACUUCUCCUUUCAGUAUGCAAGUUGAUCCUAUACAGAAUGCAAAAGAAUAUGCCAAGCUCAUAGACAUAGAAAAUGUUGACGAUAUAUUAGAAAUGGAGAAAAGUUUCAAGAAAGUGUCAUAUGAAGUUUUACAAUCAGGAAACCUUUUAAAUAGAAAAGACUUUACAUUUCUCUUUGCUCCUUGUGUAGAGAGAGAUAGUGGACAAGAAAUGUUUCUUACGGAUGACCCUGUAAAUAUUUUAAAACGAAGUGAUUUUCCGAAAUUACCCAUGCUCUAUGGAUUUGCUCAAAUGGAGGGGUUGUUGCUGAUGGAAAAUUUUGAUUUGUGGAAAAAAGACAUGAACGAAAAUUUUGCCAACUUUUUACCAGCUAAUUUAAAAUUUAAAAGCGAAGAAGAGAAAGUCUUAACAGCUAAUAAAAUAAGAAAGUUUUAUUUUGGUGAUAGUGAAGUAGACAAUAAUGCCAUUCUACAAUAUAUAGAUUACAGGUCGGAUGGGUAUUUUACAUGCCCCACAAUGAGAGUUGUAAAUCACUUAGUAAAAGCAGGACACAGUGAAAUAUACUUGUAUGAAUAUUCUUACACUGACGAAUUUUCUCCAGUUGUACCCUAUACUAAUAUACGUGGAGCGCCUCAUUGUGCUCAAAGUGAGGCCGUACUCGACGGGUUCGAUCCGUCCUUUUCAAAACAAUAUUCUUUUACAGAUGAUUUUGUUAGCAUGAAGAGUCUUAUGAGAGAGCUUUGGGGAAAUUUUAUUAAGAAUGGAAAGCCUGCGGCUUCAGGGACUCCGAUGUGGCCUGCGGCAGGUCUAAAUGGAUCUCCACACAUGGCUCUCAAGAAGGAUCCUGAAAUAAAAGGAGCAUUGCUGGAAGAGAGAUGUCUCUUCUGGAAUGAAAUUUAUGAUUCACAUUAUAAAUUCUCUGAACCUCCUCAACGUUCAUUACGACAAAAUACGGAACUAUAGGUUUUUGUUAAACGAUUACUAACAUUUCAAACUUUUUUUUUAUUUAAGGCAAUUGGUUGCAAUCACUUUAAAUUUUUUAAUGCCAAUUAUACAAAAAAAAAUUAAAUUAGCAUAUUUCAAGAAUAUUUGUUUUUUACAUAAAUAUAUAUACAUAAGUAAAUAAAAAUUAUUACAAUAUUCAAAGCGCCCUUUCCUGUAAGCUCUUCUUUAUAAUGUGCACAUUUGUUAAGGACAAAGAGAAUUAUCUUUCGUCCUUAUGAAAUUAUCGCAAUAAAAUACAAAAUACACCCAAUA